CGUUCCUUUUUAUUAUAUUUAGCUUUUCAAAUAAACACUGAUUGUUCUUUAUUGAUUGUUCUUUUAACUCUUCAUUGAUUGUUCUUUAAGUCAUAGUGUUCUUUUCGGUCACCUUUUGUGUUCGUUUACUCUAUUUUUAUUGUUCAUUUUAAUAGUUACUGUUCCUUUGAUUCUUUAUUGGUUUUUUUAUUAUAUUUGCACGGAUUUUUCUUUUAUGUUUUUAUGAGUUUACAUUGUUCUUUUGAUUGACAAAAUUGAUUGUUGAUAAUUAUGCCGAUAUUGUUCUUUUAGGUUUUAAUGUGUUCUUUUGAUUGACAAAACUGAUUGUUCUUUUAACUGUUUAUUGAUUGUUCUUUUAAUGCGUAGUGUUCUUUCCAGUCUAGUUGGAGUGUGUAAUUUACUCUUGAUGCAUUGUUCUUUUCUAAUAGGUACUGUUGUUUUUUAUUCUUUAUUGGUUGUUCUUUUAUAUCUGCCCAAAUUGUUCUUUUAAGUUUUAAUGUGUUCUUUUGAUUGACUAAUUGAUUGUUCUUUUAACUCUUCUUUGAUUGUUCUUUUCAUGCCUAGUGUUCUUUUCAGUCUACAUGGAUUGUUCGUUUACUCUGUGCAUUGUUCUUUUUAAUGGCUACUGUUCUUUUAAGUUCUUUUGUUCUUUUUUUUUCUGAUUUUUUUUAUUUUAUAAAUUUCCAGAUAUAUUAAAUAAUUCAGUUAAUAAUUCAGAACAAAAUGAUGCUAAUGAGGAUCCAGAAUCCUAUGUGGUUAUUGGCCAAGAUUUUGAAGAACCAGUUUCAUUAGAGGGAAGUGUAGUUAAGGAUGAUGAUGAGGCGUAUGAGUUAUACAACAGUCAUGCAUUUAGGAAUGGUUUUGGUACUAGGAAGGGUAAAAAGGAGUAUAGAAGUGGUACUAGAAUAGUUCGACAACGGUUUUUUGUUUGUGCAUACGAGGGGUUUAAAAAUCCAGAUGGUGUUGUGCCUAAAUCCUUUAAAAAAAUUGAUAGGAGAACUGGAUGCAAGGCUUCAGUUCAGUUUGAUGUUGAUAAGAAAACUGGAGUGUAUGUUCUUUCUAAACAUUCCCGUCUGCAUAACCAUUCAAUGGUUCCUGCUAAUAAGAGACACCUUAUUAGGUCACAUAGGCACAUUUCAAAAGAACAAUUGGCUUUUCUUACUACUUUUACUUGUAGUGGCACGAAGCUUGCUGAUGUUCUUAGAGCUAUGAGGAAAGAAGUUGGUGGUGAGGCGAAUUUAGGGUUCACUGUUCCUGACGCGUAUGAUGCUGUUUUGGCAGAGAAGAAGAAAAAGUUGGAUGGUUGUGAUUCAAAUCAGUUGAUCAGAUGGUUCGCUAUGAGGCAAGCUAAAGAACAUGAUUUUUAUUAUGAUUUUCAAUUGAAUGAAGAGAAUCAGUUGAUCAAUUUUUUUUGGAGAGAUGGAAGAAUGCGGUCUGAUUAUGAAGCUUUUGGUGAUUUAUUGAUUCAUGAUACAACUUAUCGUACUAAUAAAUACGAUAUGAUUUGUGGGCCUUUUGUUGGAAUGAAUCUUCACACUCAAAAUAUCAUGUUUGGAGUGGGUUUUAUAUUGAAUGAGAAGGCAGGUACUUUUGACUGGCUUUUUAAUUCUUUUUUGACUUCAAUGGGAGGGAAGCAACCUGUGACUAUCAUGACUGAUCAAUCUUCUGCCAUGGACAAGGCUAUAAGGGAAGUGUUUCCAAAAUCGAGGCAUCGUUUGUGUACAUGGCACAUAGGGGAAAAUGCUGUUGUAAACAUCAAAGGUGUUAUGGCCAAAGAAGGUUUCAAACGUCGGUUUGAUUAUGUUUUGAAAUAUACUGACACAGUUGCUGAGUUCGAGCAUUAUUGGAAUAGUCUUAUGACUGAUUACAAUUGCAAGACACACAAAUGGAUAGAGAGGUUAUAUGAUUUGAAAGAGAAAUGGUGUCCUGCAUAUAACAAAGAGUGGUUUUCUGGGGGUAUUUUAUCUUCUCAAAGGAGUGAGACGACAAAUCAUUCUAUUUCUAGGAGGUUGCAUAAAACGAAUGGUUUAUGUGAUUUUUAUAAGUGUUUUUUAGAUGUAAUUGAUGAAUGGAGAAGUAAGGAGAACAAGGGAGAUUAUAAUUCUUCUACUGGAAAUAGAUAUUACGCAUGUGCGGAUAACAUGUUAUGUUUGCAUGCGCGGGAUGUGUAUACCAUUGCAAUAUAUUUGAUAUUUGAGCAACGAUUCAUCAAAGCAAUUGGUUUGAGGUGUCAACGCAUUUCCUAUGAGUUUCCAGUUUCUAAGUACAUUGUUGGGCAUCCUACAAAGGAUUUUAUUAGACAUGUUGUGAUGUUUAAUGAGCAAGAGUUGGUUGUUGAUUGUACUUGCAAGUCAUAUGGAGAGAUAGGAGUUCUUUGUUCUCAUAUUCUUCGAGUUUUCAUUGUCCAUAAUGUUGAAGAGAUUCCCAAACAAUACAUUAUGAAGAGAUGGACCAAAAAGGCUAUGAACAUGAUUGUUGAAGAAGGAGAAGAUAGAGAUAAUGAAGUAAGUGUUGUUUCUGCUUCAGUUUGGAGGAUGCAAAGCAUAAGAAAUUGCAUUAAAGUUAUAAAUGAAGCUCAACAUUGUCCGGCUGCAAGGAAGCUUAUUGAUUUGGGUGUGUUGGAUAUGUCAUGCAAAGUGAAGGAGUAUAUUGGUGGUGUUGAAGGGGAUGGUAAUGUAUCAAACAAGUAUGUGCGAGAAGAAACUCUACUUGAUGGCAUUGAGCCUUCAACAGACACAGUUUUGCCGGAUGUUGUUGAACCGAUUGCUGAAAAAGUCAUUCCAACAAUGAUUCAAAAUCCACCAAAGCGAAAGAGGAAGAUUAAGAACGGGACUGAAAAGGCUAAAGAGAGGAAUGUGAGACCUAAAGGAAUUGUUGAGAAGAAACGCAAUAAACUGAAAGGUUGGAACAAGAGAAGAGAAAGACAUGUUGAUAAUUUGAGGGAGGAAACUCAGUCUACUGAUCAGUGUAUCAUAAAUUUACCUGUUGGUGGGGUUUUGGUUCAUCCAACAUCUUCAAAUUCACAAUUGGAAGCAUAUGUUCCAGAUGAUUAUUUUGGAGUACACAUACAACCUUUGUAGAUUCAUUUACGAUUGGUAAUAUUUUUAUUUUUAGUUUGUUGUGUUUUUAAUCAUUUGUUUUUGUAUUCUCAACAAUGUUCUUUUACUCUUUUGAUGUAUAUUUUUACGGGCUACUGAUGUUUGGCUCAUUCAAUAUUUUGAAAUGAGAAUUUUUAGUUGUAUA